AUGCGAGCCAAGGGCUCCGUCUCGGGCUGGGUCGGUCAACUGGAAAGCGGCCAGCUGAGAAUCGGUCUCGAGCCUGUCAUCCUCCGCAUGGAAAAGGGCGAGAUUGUCGAUACCCGCCGACGCGGCAUGUGGUGGACUCCUCCUACCGAGACACUCCAGUGUGAUCCGGGACAGAAGCCCGACAAGGGUUGGAGCGUAGGCUGCGACGGCAAGAUGACGUUCCAGGAGCAGACGCGGUACUUCCAGUGCGAGGCCGAGAACCAGACGUACAACCUAUACAAGAAGAACGACCAGGGUGUCAACUGUGGUGAGAUUACGCUCUACAUGAGUGGUUGUGGACGUGGCGAGGGUAUGGGUGACAAGCCUCCUGGCGGCGGCGGUGACAAGCCCCCCGGAGGAGGUGGAGGUGACAAGCCUCCCGGAGGAGGUGGAGGUGGUGGUGGCCACGGAGGCGGAGGGAUGUCUCCUCCUGCUAAUGGGACGGCUACCCCUCAGAACGGAACCAAGCCUAUGCCGCCUCCUGGAAGGUGA